GCGUUCCCGUGAGGCAGUGCGGGCCAGAGGAGCGACGGUUGGAGAGCGCGGGAUCUGUGAGAGGGGAUUUUUUUUCCUCCUGAUGAUAUCCACAAUUCGGGAAAACAUAUUUGUAAAGUAUAAAUUAAAUUUUAAAGAUUUCAGUUCAAGUUGAAAGUGAAAUCAGUAUCCUGUGUGCUUGUUGCUUGGAUUAAAAAAAAAUAGAAAUCAAAAUAAUAAAAACAUAUUCAUAACAAAAAGUUUUAUCAGUUAAGACAUGAGUUGUGGAAAUGAGUUUGUGGAAACUUUAAAAAAAAUUGGUUAUCCAAAGAGUGAUAAUCUUAAUGGAGAAGAUUUUGACUGGUUGUUUGAAACUGUUGAAAAUAAACCUUUUUUGGAGUGGUUCUGCAGAAACGUAAAUGAACAGCAUGUAUUGACUGAAAAAGAACUGCAAGCUUUUAGCACCCUUCAAAAAUCUGGCCAGCCCAUCCUAGAAGAACAAGCAUUGGAUGAAGUUCUUAAAACUUGUAAAACUUCUGAUCUCAAAACAUCUACUUUGGAAGGAAUUGAGCUAGAAAAAUUAGAGACUGAGCUCCAAGCUCUUCAGAAGUUAAAAAAUCUAAAAAUUCAGCGUCGUAAUAAAUUCCAAUUAAUAGCUUCAGCAAAUAGUCAUAGAUCACUCCAGUUAAAUGCUAAAGAAGAAGAAGUCACUAAAAAUUUGAAGGAGAGUCAAGGAUUUCUAAAUGCUGUAAAUACCAAGAUAACUAAUCAACUUCAAGAUCUUAUUGAUGGAGUUGGGAAAUUGACAUCAUUCUUUGGUUGUUCAGAGACAAAGCAAGGGACUACGCCACCGCCGCCGGUGUUUUUAUCUCAACUUGCCUUGGAAAAAUACUUAAGCCAAGAAGGACAAAGCACAGUAGCAUUAACCUUGUAUACCAAAAAACAUUUCUUUCCAGGUAUACAGGAGUUAGUUGAAAGUUCAAAUGAAGAAAAUUUUCAGCUUUUUGAUAUACAAACACCAUCCAUUUGUGAUGAUGAUGCUAAUGAAUCUCAUGAGGAGAGACGGCUUGAGAUGGCUAGGCUGCAGCUGGCUUAUGUUUGUGCCCAACAUCAGUUAAUUCAGUUGAAAGCAAACAAAUGUAGCCUUCAGUCAUGUAUAAAAUGGGCAGAGGAGAAUCUUCAAACCCUGGCUAGCAAGGCUAUUGGCAAAGAAGAUUUAGAGGCCAAAAUUUCUAGCUUCAGCAGUGAGAUACUAAAGCUUGAGGAACAAAUCGCCCAACUGAAUAAUAAAACAUUACCUGCUGUGGUAAAAGAAAAUGCUCAGUUACUGAAUAUGCCAGUUGUGAAGGGAGAUUUUGAUCUGCAGCUUGCUAAACAAGACUAUUAUACAUCAAGACAAGAAUUAGUUCUUAAUCAGCUGAUAAAACAGAAGGCAUCUUUUGAACUUCUGCAGCUAGCAUAUGAAAUUGAGUUAAGAAAGCAUCGGGAUACUCACCGCCAACUUGAGAGUUUGACUCAAGAACUUAGUCAAAGUAAUAGUGUACUGCAUCAACGAUUAGAAAUGUUAGCUGACCCAUCCAUAUCUCAGCAGACCCAUCCAAGGAAUACUAUUGAUACCAAGGAUUGUUCUACUCAUAGGCUUUAUCAGCUUUUAGAAGGGGAGGAUAAGAAACAAGAAUUAUUCAGAACCUAUGAAGGCCUGGAAGAAGUGGCUCAGAAACUGAAGCAAAAUGUGUCUUCUGUACGAGAUCAGCUGGCAAUAGCUGCUCAAGAGCAUUCUCUCUUUCUAUCCAAACUGAACAAUGGUGUGGAUAUGCUUUAUGAUACUUUGUAUCGCGGAGGAAACCAGCUCUGGCUCAGUGAUCAGGAAUUAAAGGAGCAAUUUCAUCAAGUUGACUCUCAUUUGAAAAAGCUAAAUCAUCUGCUUAUGGAUAUUCUUUCUAAUGUAAAGGCAAAGAGAAGAAUUUUGGCAACUGAUAAACUAUGUCAAAUGGAACGAGAAUUAUAUGUGUACUUUUUCAAAGAUAAAGAAUAUUUAAAGAAUAUUGUGGAGAAGUUAGAACAUCAGUUAAAGAUUACAACAAUUGGUCUUGAAGAUUGAAAAUUAAUUAUUGAAAACCAGAUAUUCAAUAUUAUAUUCAUGCUAUAAAAUGUGUACUAUUCUGACUUAUAUUGGGAGGGGCAACUUUUUGUUUCUCCUUAUGCAACAUGUUGGUCCAAAGUACCAGCAGCUUUUUGGAGAGAAGCUCUUGCCUAGGGAAAGGAGUGCGAGGUGGCCUUUCUCCCCCAAUGGGAAAAAAAAGCAUUCAGUUACAUUGUAAUGGGAAUGUUAUAAUGUUCAGUUAGAUUUCUUUAGUCUCCCAUUUUGUCUUUUUUAAAUGGAAAAGUUAAAUAUUUAAAAUAAUCAGAUUAUGCAAGUUAGCAUUAUAGGGAUAUGCCUUGGUGUAUACAACAGAACCAUUUCUUCAGUUGGCCAUGAAACAUUUUUCAUUUAUUGAAUUUAUUAUAAAUACCUGCUACAAGUAUAAUAAUUACAGUUCCUAUUUAUGUAGCACUUCAUGAUUUACAGAGUAGCUUACCUACAUUAUUUCAUUUGACCCUCAUCACUACUGAGGUUUGUAAUGCACAGCAUUAUUAUGAUUAUUAUCCCUGUUUUAUAGAUGAAAAAACUGAGGCCUCGAGAAGUUGUGACUUGGCCAGGGGUUCUAGUUAGUAAAGGACUAAGUUGAACAUUGAACCCAGGUCUCCUUUUUACAUUUCGUCAUAACUGCUUCUCAUUGUAGAAUUUGGGAAUGAUGCUGAGACUGAAGAGGAAGCUGCCGUGUUGGUAAUUUAGCACUGGUGGUGAUAAAAUAAUCCUCUCUUUGCUAAUAGGAACUAGUGACUGCCUUUAUGUAACUGCUGUACACCCUGCAUCAUAGGGGAAAGGACUCUGGGGCUCACGCAACUUGACUUCUUAAUGUUUGAUAGGCAUUAUGGAACUGAUGGAACAGUAUAGAGACUGACAGUAUUCUUGUGGCUUACAACAAGGCUCCUGAAUAAAUCUCAAAAGUCCAUAUAAGGAGUUCUUCAGGGAAUAUAUAUCAAGUUGUUCUCUCCUUUUAUCCAUUCUGUUGAAGUGAAAUUCAUAUAUAGGGUUGCUAUAUGUUAAGGGAUACCAGUAUAGCAUUUUAAGCAAUUAAAAUAUUCUAGAAACCAUUAAAUAGUUACAUGGGGUCCUUUAGAACAAUUUAAAGAAAAUUAGUUAUCAUUAUCAUCACAGACACUGAAUGCUCACUUUUUAUGUCUAUUGGGUUCCUUGUGGUUUUAUGGAUUUUGAAGUAGGCACAGUCACAAUGUUCAAGAACGUUUUAACCUGAAUAUUUUUUUGUUAGUAUAUGUGCUCAUUAUUAAAAAGAAAAAUUGUUAUUAACAUUUUAAUCAAAGUUAAAUAAGUAGAUUGGUGAUCCUAAUCUCUUUUGAACAAUUUAUAACAAUAAAUCUUGGUAUCCCAAAUUCAUAAAUGUUAUCCCCAAACUUAAAAUAACAGUCCUACGCAUCUCCAGAGAUUUCCUUCUAUAGUUUUUCCUAACUUUAUUUCCAAUUGUGUUCCCCUAAGGAACCAAAUAAACACACGUACAACAUUCCAUAUUAACAAUAUGAAAUAAUAAGAGCUGACAUUUAUACAGUGCUUUACAGUUUGCAAAGCAGUUUACAUACACUAUCUCCUUCCAUCCUUACAGUAGACCUGUAUAGUAAAUACUACUGCUAUUUUUCCCAUUUUUUAGAUGAGAAAACAGGCUUAGAGACAUACACAUACGUUUAUGUCAAAUGCAACAUUCCUUCUACUAUACUGUGAUAUGAACUUUUUGGCUUGCUUACAUUAGUACCAUCUAGAAUUGUAUUUUGCUGACUAUAGAUGGUUGAUUUUUCCAUGGCAACUUUAGUAUUUUUCCCUAUCUUUAGCUAUCCAUCUGGGUCAGCAAUAUGAGCUCAAGCAAAUGAGCAGUUGGUACUUGGCAUGAGGGGCAUAGAAUGGGGGGGGGGUGGGAGAAGAGAGAG